GGAUGCUACUUGACCCACUACGAUGUCCUGGCAUUAACGACAACUCCUCCUACGCUCCUCGACAUAGCACAGUCUAAGCUUUCUUGCUGUUGUUUGUUAUUUAAUCCUGUAUUUCGUCGCUCUUUUUUCUCCUUUCCAUGUCUACUCUUUCUCCUCGGCACGAGUCGUCUUCCAGAAAUUGGUGGGCUCUCGCAAAAUCCUCUUCCAACCCUUCAUUUCAUUCCGACAAAUCCUCCUCGCGCGACAAGAAGAAAUUCAACACGAUUGCUUCAGCAAUUGGCCUAUCCAAAUCGAAGAAACAUCCCUCGCUAACCAUACAGAGCCCACCUCCCGCCAUACUCUCCGUUAAAUCGCAUUCAUCUCCCUUAACCCGCCCCCAGUCCCCCCCAAAUCAACAUCAGCCCAAAAGACCUCCUUCAAAGUCCGUUUCCUCCACGUCAGAUUCCAUCGAGCCAAGAACUCCUUCGGAUCCUAGAGAUUCAGGCUCUCAGCGUCAUUCUCUGCUGACCCUCUCCGAUACAGACCCGUUCGCAGCGAGAAAUAUAUCACUGGCCUCUCCAUCCGAAUCUAGCCGACUCUCAGCUUAUUCCGGUUCCUCUAUCCCUGACUAUCAUGUACAACCCAAGAAGUCGGACGCCCAACCUCCAAUUGAUCGUCAUUCGUACGCUUCGUCUUCGCCUCAAUCUUAUUUACAUCCUGCAGAGGAUAUUUCACUCCCAAACGGCCCGUCUUGGAUUUCUGAGCUGCCCAAUUACUCUAGUCUGAAGAGCGACGAGAAUCCAACCAUAGACGACCGAGUCUGGGACCAACUGUAUGACCCAGCCAGCAUGGAUAUCCUGAUCAAAUCCAGUUCUUCGACCACCUUGACCGACCACAAUCGGUUAAGCUAUCCUGACCGUGAAAACUUCAGUUCCUCACGACCCCCCGUGCGCGCCAGGGGCAUGACCGUCGGAAUCGUCGCUCAAAGGUCUAAAUUUCUCCACGAUGAAAGAGAGUUAAAACCGCCGUCCCCAAAAGUCAAUCCUCCACCCACUUCAUUCAACCACCGUGAUCCAACCUCUCCUUCUCCACGUGUCAUCGUCCGCCAGCCGUCAUUACAACGCAUGGGUCUUCCUGUUACGGCCCCUCCCAGCCAAAAGCUUCCACCACCACCUCUUGCAAAUGACCAAUUGGAAGACCGACCUGCCACUCCACGACGCACACGCAGGGACUCCGUAUCUUCCAUAUUCUCUUCCUUAUCCCGUGAUACCGGAAUGCACAAUCAACAUUACAUCCCUCGCUCUAAGACUCGAGAUGGAACCUCACUGACAUCGGAGGAGCGGGCGGAUUCUUCAAUGAUGUUAAAGAGAGCCGUGUCACAGCAGUCGCUCAAAGGAACGAUAACCCCCUCUAAGACAGACACAUCUGUGGAGAAGGUACCUAAGAAACAACGUUCUUUUCACCAGAUCCGCGUACCUGUUCCGCCCAUGCCCACUCCGCUGCGCCACACUAGCACAUCCACACACGAAGGCCCUCAGGUCACAGAGUCAAAAAGGGAUAGUUUGAGUAAUAGUAAUAACCCUCCUAACCCCGUACGCAAGCGCUUGUUUUCAGGAUCUAGCAUGCGCCGGCCUUCGACGUCACAGUUCACAGUCCCUGAAGACGAUACACGAUCGGUCUUCAGCAUCCCGAUUGAGACAGAUUAUGUAUCACGAGCGUCGCGGAAGUCAACGGGUCCAGCUCAACAGUCGAUUCAAGUCUCUUCGUUCUGGGAUGAAGUCGAUCCGCCUAGUAGCCCUCAACCCUCUUUGAUGGACUAUACGCCCAUGCAGAUUAUGUCCCCUGCGGAGAUGUUGAAAUUGGAAGCGAGUGUUCAGGAAUCCAUGGAAGUGACACGAUCUAGAGGACUUUCAAUCGCGUCGGCGUCUUCUACGUUUACAUCCGAGUCGGAGCACACACCAUCUAUCAUGAGUGUUACGUCUCAAAGUCUCGGGAUAUCAUUGACGAGUAACCCGCCUGGUCCUUCACGAUCUCAUUCCAUGCUCGUUCCUCGGAAUGAGGAUAGUAUUUCCUGCACUUCCGUUCGCCCAUCGACAUCACAAGGUUCACCCAUGGUGGGGUUGAAAAGUUGUAACGACUGUAGUACAAACGAGCCAUCUCCAAACCCCUCAGAGGUUGUCAGCCUUUCUCCCCCACCUCGACCCAGACGAAAAACGCACCAUCCACCACUUGUUGAUCACAGUCGACAAAUCAACGAUUUCCCUACGAUGGUGUCAUUGCCACCCCCCCCGCGGUCGCGAUCGAAGAGCUUAAGAUCCAACGCUUCUGCGUCGCUCAAGUCGACACCCACGGCGAUGACAACACCUCCGGUAAUGUCUAUGACACGCAAGUCGAUCGUAAAGAAACCGUCAUUCCUCCAUAUAGACGACGAUCAAGUCGACCACACUCGCGCAACUAAAGCUCCGGAGCCACAACUUCGGGCCAGUAUCAUCUUCAAACAUGAAGACAGUUUCCUGGACUUCGCAAGAGACUCGCUGGAUACUUUACAGAGUGACGAAUGACCUGGUGACCGAUCAACAGUCCUCUAUAUCUUUAUUAAAUUUAUGUUCCUUGUUUUGCUGCUAUACACCUUUCUUCUAGUUACCAAAUUAACCUACUCACUGGACGCUCUUCUGCGAUUGAUAUAUCUUGUUUUACGUUUAGUUUCUUGUCUUUUCUUGCACAUCACUACCAUGGAUGACCGGAUAUCAGUCAUUUACUCACUGUCCUUUUUCUCUUCAUUUCCAUUACAUUACCCCCCUCGGGAAUAUCUCAAGCUCAGCUGUCACCCUGUCCUACAUGUCUUUUUACUCGUAGCCCAAGUGCUUACUUCCUUCCUGCUUGUCCUCUAUAGUUCCCACUACAUACGUCUAUAGCUUGUCUCAAGUAAACAGCAGCUGAUUCAAUUAUUGAUUGAAUAGAAAGUACAUCACAAU